UUUACACCUAACCUGACCGCACUCUGUCAUCGUCCGUGAUUUCUAUCACCAGUGUGUCACAUGGAAAUUAAUUAAAAAUUUAUUGGAAGGCGUUCAGCAAUCGGUCCAAGCAUGUUCCUUAUUGCGAAGUAUCUGCUCUUGUUGCUGUCAGCUUCGCUUGCCGCCAGCAGCUGCCCCAAGGAGGAUUUCCACCGCCUUGGUUAUUGCACAUAUCAAAUGAAAUGCUAUAAUACAAUCAAAGGCGCUGUACUCGACCAGGAGUGUCAAGGUUCUAUUAAUAUCGAUGUCAUAGUUGACCUAACUCUCAAAAACGUCGAUCAAAACUUUAGUGUAGAUAUAACGGAUACAGAAUUUCUUAUAAGCAUAACUUCACUAGCCGUGUACGGAUCCUGGCCACAGACAAAUCUUUCAUUUUUAGAAUACACGUUGAAGCUAAAAUAUUUGCAACUAACUAACUUGGAUAUGAAACAUAUUUAUGGUCGUCCCUUUCAAUACCUAAGCCGUUUAAAUGUCCUCGACUUAUCACACAAUCGAUUAUCGGAAAUCGAUGAUUUAUUCGUUUUCACGGAUUCAAACAGAUUGAAAAAACUUUACCUCUCUUAUAAUGAAAUCAGAGAAGUGACCGGUUUCGUAUUUCAAGAACUUAUCAGUCUGGUAGAAUUAGACUUAUCAAACAAUUUAAUUGAAGAUCUAAAUGAAGAACCAUUCAAUAACCUGACAAGUCUUAGAACACUUAAACUAAACGAUAAUAAUAUAAAAUAUUUAAAUGGCGCUAUAAAUAAGAAACUUUUAAAUUUGAAACAUUUAUUUCUGAAUGACAACGAUAUUACAAAAAUAGAUGAGGCAACAUUAGAUAAAACAAUAUACCAUUUAGAGACAAUAGAUUUAUCAAAUAACAACAUAGAAUUCUUCCCUAAAUUGUUUUUUAAACAUUGGGACCACUUUGAGGGUCACACAGUUUGUAGAAUUACAUAUUCAGGGAAUCGAUUAACGGUUAUUAGAAAUGCUACUUCCGAAGAAAAUAUGCUUAAGAUAAAUAAAGAUUUAGUAGACGUUUCCACCCAAAUUGAUUUAUCCAAUAAUAAUAUAAGCAUCAUUGAAUACAAUGCAUUCCAAUAUGUUAUAAAUUUGAUAUCUCUUGAUAUUUCAAAUAACAAUUUAAUCACUUUCUUAGUGAAUAGUGAACACUUAUCAAACGUUAAAUUUCUCAAUAUAAGCGGCAAUUUCAUAAGUAGAUUAGAAUUUCAAACAUUUUCGCACAUGAACAACUUACAAAAUCUUGAUUUAUCUAAUAAUCGUUUCGAAAAUCUACCAACAAAAAGCCUUAUAUAUGCCAAUAAAUUAAAAAGUUUAAAUUUUACCCAAAAUGAUAUACAAGAAGUGGUGAAUUUCCACAUAAAUUUCCAUGCCGAAGGAGGCAUACUAGAUUUGUCGAAUAACAAUUUAUACAUGUUCAUAAUAGCACCUAGAGAAGCUGAAGGCCUUAUUGAAUUGAUUCUACGUUCAAAUAAAAUCACCGAUCCAUCGCAGAUAAAGUUAAAAUAUCAUCGCGCACUCCUAAAGCUUGACAUGAGCAAAAACUUUAUCACUGGUUUAAACGAAAAAUCAUUACAAUUACCUGUCACUCUCACUAAUCUAGAUUUAAGUUCAAAUAAUAUUGAAACUAUCAACCCAUCGUCAUUCUAUUGUGUACAACAUUUGCAUACUUUAAGAUUAUCCCACAAUAAUUUAAAAAAUGUCAAUCAUGGUGUGUUUCGUGGACUGAACUCUCUGGUAAACCUUGACCUUUCAUAUAAUCAAAUUUCUUCACUCGAUUCAGCGGUUUUACUCGAUCUGAAGUAUCUGAAAUUCCUCUCGCUUAGGUACAAUCACAUGAACAGUCUGGAUAGUAAAGCUUGGCUCAAUCACAAAACCGAUCUCAUUGUUUACAUCGAUGGAAAUAACUUGUCAUGCGAUUGGUUGGGAAAUGUACUGGCCGAUUACAAUAACGGAUUUUCAAAAAUGCAUCCAGCUGUUAUCAAUUCUCCAAUGGAAGAAAAUACUUUGAAUGGUAUACCAUGCAUUCCGGGUCCCAAAAACCUAUACCGAGGAUCCAAGAACGAAGGAGACGACCACAAUAUGAUAACGGAUGAAAGACUUUUAUUGACCAGUCAAAAAAUAUUGGAAGCUGUUCGAGAACAAACUUCUUAUUUGAGAAAAUACAUUUGGCGUUCAGUUCUCCUGGAGGCGGACAAACUGAAUGACUCCAAAGCUAAUGUAGCUUAAUUAACUUUUUCAUAUCAAUCU